AUGUCGACCUCCCACCACAACGUCCAGGAGCCAAACGCAGGCGACGACAGCUUGGUCAACCGCCCUGCGCCCAACACCCCCUACUUCACUCCUUUACAAGACCCGCCGGCGGGCACGGCGCUGGUCGACGAUGUCAACGAAGCCCCUAAGCUCUUCAAGCCAUUGAAAUUGCGCGGUCUUACUCUGCAGAACCGUAUUAUGCUGAGCCCGCUUUGCCAGUAUAGUGCUGAGGAUGGCCAUUAUACGAUGUGGCACCACACCCACAUGGGCGGCAUCAUCCAGCGAGGUCCAGGCAUUUCCACUAUCGAAGCGACCGCCGUCACUCCGCAGGGCAGAAUCACCCCAGAGGAUGUCGGCAUUUGGAAAGACAGCCAAAUCGAGCCCAUCAAAAAGCUCGUCGACUUCGCUCACAGCCAAAACCAGAAGAUCAUGAUCCAGCUUGCACAUGCCGGCCGCAAAGCUUCUACUGUCGCACCUUGGCUCAGCUCGGGCGCUGUCGCUGGAAAGGAGCUCAACGGAUGGCCUGACGAUGUCUACGGACCCAGUGCUAUCCCCUGGAACGAGCACCACGCUCCAGUCAAGGAGAUGACGCUGCAGGAUAUCGAGGACUUCAAGCAGGCAUACGCAGAUGCCGUGAGGCGAUCCUUGAAGGCCGGAUUUGACGCCAUUGAAAUCCACAACGCUCACGGAUACCUGCUCCACUCAUUCCUCUCGCCCGUCGCCAACCAGAGAAAGGACAAGUAUGGUGGUAGCUUCGAGAACCGCACUCGCCUGACUCUGGAAGUCGUGGAGCUCGUCCGCUCCAUCAUCCCCGAAGACAUGCCCCUCUUCCUGCGAAUCAGCGCCACCGACUGGUUGGAGGAGAACAAGGAUUUCCCAGAGUCCUGGACUGGCGACGAUACCGUCAAGCUCGCUCCUCUUCUCGCUGAGCGCGGCGUAGACCUUCUCGACGUUUCGACUGGCGGCAACCACCCAGCACAACACCCUCACACCAAGCCCGCCUACCAAGCUCCAUUCGCGAUCAAGGUUAAGCAAGCCGUGGGUGAUAAGCUUGCUGUUGGCUCAGUGGGCUCUAUCGAGACUGGAACGUUGGCCAACGACCUGCUCGAGAAGGAUAACCUAGAUCUCAUCACUGUUGGCAGAGGAUUCCAAAAGAACCCAGGCUUGGUCUUUGCGUGGGGCGACGAGCUGAAUGUGCCCGUCAACAUGCCCAACCAGAUCCGAUGGGGCUUUGGCGGUCGUGGGAAGAAGUUGCAUGGGAACACGAAGUAA